AUGGCCGGGUGGUAUGCUUGGAACCGCGUGCGUGGGACUGGCUAUUUCUACGGCGAGGAGGCGAUCGAAGAAAUCCGCCGUGAGCUCGGCAUUCAAUUCAUCGUCCGGGCUCAUCAAGUGAUGAACACCGGCGUGCGGUUUUUUUGGCGACUGGUUGAUCUCAAUCUUCACGUCAACGAGGAGCAGGAGCUGCUUCGCGCGAAUACCAGAGAGGGCAUGCGCUUCAGGAAUCAAAUCAUUCGGGAUGUGGAGCUGAACCCGGAGAUUGCCGGGAUCUUGGCGUACGACGGUAACAACCGAAUGUCGAUGAUCCACUUCAUCCCCACCAAAUACACCUACAACACACACGCCGACUUCGCGAAAGCAUUUGAGCGCAAAGCGGCUACGGAUCUCGGCUUUUCGGAGAACAGCUGUAAUAGGCCUGAAUGGCGCACGGCGUCCUCCUCAAGUUCUCGUAAUGAUGUGACGGCCGACCCGGUUGUGAUGCCAACUGCAGUCGCCCCGGACGACGUCAAGCUCAAAAAGACGCAGGAGAAAACGCAAGAUGGUCUCUUGACGGCCCAAGACGACUCGAUUGGCCCGGCAGAGAAGACGCAAGAUGAGACGCUCAAGCAGAGCAAGCCCAAGGAAACUGUC